AUGUCUAUACAGCUAAAGAAUGCCUAUACAGCUAAGAAUGUGACAACUAAAGAAUGUCUAUACUUUGCAGCAGCAAUCUACGUUGAGCGAUUUACUCGUUGGCCAGAAGCUUUUCCCAUUCAGAACAUUUCUGCUGACUCUGUGGCUCGACCAUUCAUCACCGGUUGGAUUGCAUCUUUGUGUACAUCAGUGUGUACUGAUCAAGGUCGACAAAUUCCAGUCACACCUUUUCGCUUCUCUGACAUCUAUGCUUGGAAUACGUCGAAUUCGACUUCACCCAUACAUCCUUCCGCCAACGGCUUGUGGACGCUUACAUCGCGACCUGAAGUGCCUCUGAAACCACCUGUUAUAUUAAAGAAGCCUGCAUAUCAAAAAUUUAGCCAUUUAACUGCUUCAGAAUCUUCUGAAUUAGUGUUACCAUAUAAAUACAAGAUAUUGUUGGAAAUAUUUCGAUGCACAGAUACAGUGGUGAGCAUGCUGCACAACAGGAAAGAAAAAAUUACUUUUGAAAAAGUACAGAAUGGUGUCCAAAAGAUGAUGAGAAAGUCUUUUACUGAAACUCAUCUAGGUCAGAUUGUUGCAGUUUUACCAUCAGCAUACAGUAUAAGUUUAGAAAACUGUAGUUCAGCUUUUACCAACAAAAAGAAAAGAGGACUUGAUUAUCAGCUAGUCAUUUCUCCUAACUUUGCUGAAAAUGAAGAUGCCAGUCAAGGAUCUGAAAGCAAUUCAUCUGCAAAAGAUAUUCGUAAAGCAUCCAAGUCUAAGGCUUUCAUUCAUAUGAGCCCUCAGUUUUUACUAGAAAGGCAAAAAUCUUUUGCAAAUUGUCUUUUAAAACGAACGAAGGAAUACCACCAGAAAUUUUUAACUAGUAUAAAGUUACCAGUUAUUCCUGAAAAUAGCAUUGUUAGAUGGCAUCCAAAAUUUUUAGUGGAUUCAGUACCUGAUAUCAAAGCUGCAUCUCUUCCUAAAGCACCUGAAAUAAAAAUAUGUUCAGCAAAAGAUGUUUUAGAAAAACUUAGAGGCAGUGUUCAAAUCAAA